GUCCAGAGUUUGAAAUCGAAACUCUGCGCGGCGGAGGAGCGGCUUGCUGGUUCCUGCCCGACGUGUCCGGUCUGCAGAAGACGGUGGCGUUUCUGGCCGCCCAGGUCGGGGAGCCUGCCGAAGGACUGCGGGGCUCGCCGCCCGCGCGCGGUGAGGGAAGCAUCGGACACGAUGUUCGAAGACGAACUGAUCCUCUUGAAUCAGAGCAUAAAUGAAUUUGGAGAUAACUUCAGAAACGGCCUCAGUGGGAAUCCUAGCCAGAUUCUGGGUCUCAGAGAUGCCUUCAAGGACUCCCUUAGAGCGCUUUCAGAAAAGCUGUCUUUGAAACUGAAGGAAGAAGAAAAGAUGGUUGAGAUGUUUCUGGAAUAUCAAAACCAACUCCGUAAGCAGAAUAAACUCAUUGAAGAAAAGAAAGAUAACCUGCUAAAGAUGAUCGGUGAAGUAAAAAACAAGAAGCAAGAAUUGGAAGGGCUGACAGCAAAUAUCCAGGACCUUAAGGAAGAAUAUUGUAGGAAGAAGGAAACAAUUUCCACUGCUAACAAAGCUAACGGAGAGAGAUUGAAACGGCUGCAGAUAUCCGCGGACACGUAUAAAGAUCACCUUGAACUAGAAAUUAGAAAGAUUCAUGGUGAUAAAUUGCAGUUUAUAUUCACUGGUAUUGACCCUAAGAAGCCUGAGAGACCAUAUAUGUUUUCCCUAUGCCUAAAUGAAGCCAGGGAUUAUGAAGUGUCCGACUGUUCACCUCCUCUUGAGUGCCUAGCAGAAUUUCAGGAGAAGGUCAGGAAGACUAACAAUUUUUCAGCGUUUCUUGCUAAUGUUCGGAAAGCUUUCAUAGCUACGGUUCAUAAUUGAUGUAGAAAUGGGUUACAAUGUCUCCUGCGAGGACACACACUGAGUUAGACGGAUGGUUCUGGGCAGCCUGAGCACAUGCCACACAAAGUUGGUAAGAGCUUUGAAGAACAGUUCCGUACCCAAGAAACUGCAUGGCAACAUUGCUUUCUGCAUUUGAUUCGGAUGAAGCACAGUUUGCUGAGUGCUGGGCAUGAAAAGCUGAGAAUGCUAAAGAGAGUGAAAUAAUGAACUACCGAGUGAUGCUAAGGAUUUGCAUAAAAUCAGAAUCGUGGUAGAAUAGCACAGCUGGCUUCUCCUUUUAUGUGCAGUGAUCGGGUUGUCAGCAAACUUGCUGUAUUUUCCUUAAGGGUUAUACAUAUUGGUGGCCAUGAGAGUUGAGAAUAUUUCAUUGGAAGUGUGUGUCUAUCAACAGUCUUUCUUGAAAUUGUGAUAACUCCCUGUGUCACAUUUGGCUUCAGUCUUUCUGCAGUUGCACGUAGAAAUCUAGCCUCCAUCCCAGUGAUUUAGACGACUUUAAUAAUAAAACAUCAAUUUGGAGAUAAUCAUUUGAAGGAAAUGAGUAAAGCCAAACUCCUAACACAGUUCUUAUCUAAUUUUUGGUUGCCCUUUAAAAAAAGUAACCAUGGUCUUAGUAACUGUAAACUGGGUGGGUGGGCCAGCACACUUUAGUUAAGCCUCUGGCUUGAAAGAACUCUUUUUAUCUCUCUGGGCAUAUUAUUUGCUUGUGAAGCAUCCCCUAACGGUCUGUGCAUUGAAGGUUUAGUGCCCGGACAGUGGUGCUGUUGAGAGAGAAUUGGAUAUUGAGGCUGCUGACUUUGUUAAUGCGUUCAUAUUGAAUGGCGUGUACAGUGAUCUGUUUGCAGGAAGGUCACUGCAGGGCUUGCACUAGAAGGUCAAGGUCAUCCCUUCCCCU